ACACUCCGGUCACACUGUUUGUGUUUAUUUACUUUCACAGAUUAUUGAAAUUCGCUUAAAACUAAAAGAAGUUAGUUUAUUUAUAAUUUAACAUGCCAAAAGUAGUCUCGCGCAGCAUCGUUUGCUCCGAUACUAAGGACCAGGAAGAAUACAAUGAGGAGAAACCACUAAACAUAUACUACUGCCUGUGCAGCAAGAUGGCUUUGAUAUUGGAUUGCACCCUGGACCAGUUGCCGCUACGAGAGGUGGACAAUGCCCGUGUGAUUAAUGCUAACGAGCACGCGAAUAAACUGACCUACAAUCCCACGCCAAAGAUGCUCUACAUAAAGCGAAAGAGUAGGGGCAACGCGAUAGAGAAACAGUAUCGGUAUAAGUGCCGCAGCUGCAAUUUGCCACUCUACUAUCGCCAUAGCCCAGACUCCCAAGUGACCUUUGUUAUGUUCAAUGCCCUGAUACGCAACAAAGGCGACGCGCCCAUGGCCCAACUCCUAAGUUCAGUGGGCAACGGCAAGAGCAAUACAAAGCCUGCGGCCGCAAAACCAGCUGGAUCCACCGCAGGCGCCGAGGAUUCCGGUAUAGUGGACGCCAGUGGAAAGAAGGUCAUGGUAACGAGACACACAAAGAAUAUGGGCAAGUUUAGCUCGGUAACGGUGUCCACCAUUGACGAGGAGGAAGACGAAAUUGAAGCGCGUGAGAUUGCCGACAGCUACGCAAACAAUGCGCGAAUCAUAGAGAAGCAGUUGCAGCGGAAAGGCGGAAAACUCAGCGACGUGGGCGUCAAAGGAAAGCCAGAAGAUGCGCCCCCGCCUCAAAAGAAACAGCGCGGCACACUACUGGAGAGAUAGUCAGCAUUGUGUUCGCCAAAUAAAAUAUCCUCGUGUCUAAA